AUGUUAUCAAAAUUAAUCUUAUUAUUGUUAGUGAUAUUAAUAAGUUGUGGUGAUAGUGUAUUAGAUAAAGGAUGUUCUUGUAAUGAGAUAAAGAGCGAGAAUGAUUGUAAAAGGAUAUAAUGCAAAUAUGAGAAUGGUGAAUGUAAAGAUAGAGAAUUAGAGACAUAUUGUAAAUUAGAAAGCACAAUAGGAAAAUGUCCAGUAGAUGGAUGUGCUUUAUAUGAGAAUAUAUGUUAAGCAUUUUCUGGGUGUACAGCAUAUUUAGGUAAGAAUUUUGAUGUAUGUAAUAAAAUAUCUGAUUUAUGCACAUCAGAUGGGGAAAGAUGUGUUGCAUUAUCUACAUGUGAUAGUUACAAAAGUAAAACUUCAUGUUUGAUAGAUAGUAAUGGUUAAUAUUGUUAUUAUGAUGAAAGUGAUAUAGCAAAUCCUUAAUGUAAAACUGUUACAACUUGUAAGAAUUUACCCCUAACAUUAAAAACAGAUGGAGAAUGUAGAUAGCAACUGUUAACAUGUACAGUUAAUGAAAGUAAUACAGGAGGAUGUAUAGAUUCAGGUAAGAGUUGUAGCGAUCAAAAAAUAAAAUAAUAAUGUGUAACUAAUAUAGAUUAAACUAUGGAGUGUAAAUGGAAUGAGACAACUAAUUAAUGUUAUGAUUAUAGUUGUGAGAAUGGAAACGGUAAAACAGUUGAUGAUUGUCAGAAAUACAAAAAAAAUUGUGUUUUAGCAGAAACAUAAGAUGGUAUAUCAAAUAUAUGUAAAAAUAUUGAUGAAUGUAUUAAUUAUAAAUUCAAAGAAACAUGCAAAAUUGGAUUAUUAGGAAAUUGUCUUUGGCUAAUCACUUAAAUUGAUGGAAAAGAUGCUGGAAAAUGUGUUGAUUAUAAUUGCUCUUAAGCAUCUGAUGAUUAUACUAAUGAUUAAUUAUGUACUAAAUUUCUAGAUACUUGUACUGUUGAUGAUGAUAAUCUUGGAUGUAAAAUAAGAGAGUCUUUAUGUACUUCUUAUCUUUAGGUCUCCUAAUGUGUUUCAACUAUCAAUUAAUAAUAAUGUUAUUGGAAUAAAUCUUAAUAACAAUGCAUUAAUUAUGAUUGUGAAAAUGCUUAAGUUGAUUCAUAUACUAUUGAUAAUUGUAAUAAAUUCUUGAGUCUUUGCACCGCUAAUACUGAAUUAACUUCAUGUGUUAAAAAAUAAUGCACAGAUGCUAUCACUUCAUAAUUAUGUACUAAAUUAGGUUAAUGUAUUUGGUAAGAUAACAAAUGUGUCUCUUAUACAUGUGUCAAUGCUCCUACAUCUUUAACUACAAAUGAUGCAUGUAAUAAAUAUUUAGACAAAUGUUACACAACUGGAGCAGGUUGUUCAUCUCAUGGUAAGUGUACAGACAUGAAAACACAAACUGCAUGUACCAUUGAUUCAUUAAAUCAAAAAUGUAUUUGGAUUAAUUCUGCAUGCAAAGUUAAAACUUGUUCUGAUCUAAUCUAUAUAAGUCAUUCUGAAUGUAAUAAUGAAUUAAAUACUUGUACUUCUAAUGGAAUCAAAUGUAUUAACUAAGCUACUUAAUGUAGUGAUUAUAAAAUCUAACUCAGUUGCGUCAUUUCUUCUCAAGGACCUUGUUUAUGGACUGAUAGUUAAUGUUUUCUUUUCAUAGGUUGCUCUACUUUACCUGGUAUAACUCAUUAAUUUUGUAAUUUUGCAAAUACUAAAUGUACAACUGAUGGUACAAAAUGUGUUUCAAUUACAAGUUGUGCUAAAACCUCUUAAACUGGAUGUUAUAUUGGCACAGAUGGAGAUUGUGUAAGGAAUCUUGAUAAAAAUAAUAAUACAGUAUGUGAAAAAUUUACAAAAUGUUCAUAAAUGAAUUAUUCAACUCAUUUUUAAUGUAAUCGAGAGAAUUAGACAUGUACUAUUAAUAUAGAUAAAAAAAGCUGCAUGGAUUUAUCAAAUUCUUGUUCCUCAUAUACUAUAUAAGAUAAUUGUUAAAUAACCACAGAUAACAAAUAUUGUUAAUGGGAUACUUCAACAACAAAAUGUAGAGAUUAAAAAUGUACUGAUAUAGUUAAAACUACUCAUAUAGAUUGUUAAUUAGCAAAUUUUAAAUGUACAACAGAUGCAAGCAAAUGUAUAGAUAUAUAGAAAUGUGAUGGAUAUACAGUAAGCGAUUUAUGUAAAUUUGGAUCAGAUGGUAUUUGUAUCUAUGAUACAGCUAAUAGUAAAUGUAGAUUAAAAUAAUGUAAUGAUAUCACAGAUGUGAAAUAAUGUAGUACAUUACCAAACUGUUUACCAGAUACAUCAAAUUGUGUAUCCAAAUCUACUUGCUCUUUGUAUAAGACUGAAAAAAGUUGUGAAUUUGAUGGAACAGAUGGUAUUUGUACAUGGAGUAAUAAUACAUGUUCAGUUAUGACAAAAUGUGAAGAUGCUAAUACUUUUGAAAAAGGAUGUAAGAAGAAAUCUGAUAUUUGUAAAUGGACGCCAAAACCUAGUAAUGGUGGUUCUAGUUUUUGUAAACCUUACACAUGUCAAAGUAAAAAUUCUGGCGGUUCUUGUCUUCCUUUACUUGCCUUUGGUGAAACUCAAUAUGAAAUAUGUGCUGAAAUCCAGUUGACAUGUUAAUCUGCUUCGAUUUCUGAUUUAACUGAAGAUACUUGUUUCAUAAAUAGUGCUAAAAGCCAUUAUUGGGAUAAAACUACCAAUAAAUGCUUGGCUUGUAAUGGAACAACAGCUACAAAUACUACAAUGAUUGAUGAUAGUAAUUCUUUUAUUAUAGGAACAAUAUAUCUAUUUAUUGCUUUCCUUUAAUAUUGA